AAGCAGGCGAAGUUCGAGCAGCAAUGGAGAGCGCUUCAGGGACGGCGAUCAGGGUCCCGGAGGUGCGGCUGAGUUCCUCAACUGCCGCCGGGAGCCGUCCGAUGCCGGUGAUCGGCCUGGGUACGGCGGCGGACGCCCUCGACGUGGUCGCAAUGAGGUCGGCGGCGCUGGAGGCGAUCAAGCUCGGCUAUAGGCACUUUGACACGGCUUCCAAGUACGGGUCGGAGGAGCCGCUGGGGGAAGUCCUGGCCGAAUCGCUCCGGCUCGGGCUCAUCGGCUCGAGGGCCGAGCUCUUCGUCACCUCAAAGCUCUGGACUAGCGACGCUCACGCCGAUCGCGUCGUGCCUGCGCUUAGGAAGUCCCUGAGCAAUCUUCAAUUGGAUUACCUUGACCUCUAUCUCAUCCACUGGCCAAUCAGCUGUAAGCCAGGGUCGUACAUGUACCCAGGGGACGAAUCUGACCUUAUGCCCAUGGAUUUUGAGGCAGUCUGGGCAGCCAUGGAAGAAUGCCAGAGGUUAGGUCUCACAAAGUCCAUCGGAGUCAGCAACUUCUCUUGCAAGAAACUCGGAAACAUCCUUAGCUUUGCCAAGAUCCCUCCAACAGUAAAUCAGGUGGAAAUGAACCCUCUCUGGCAGCAGAAGAAGCUGAGAGAGUUCUGUAAAGCGAAUAACGUCAUCAUCACCGCUUUCUCUCCCUUGGGAGCUCGAGGAACGAACUGGGGAACGAAUGAAGUCAUGGAGAAUGAAUCUCUUAAAGAGAUUGCGAAGGCUCGGGGAAAAAGCAUCGCCCAGGUAUGUCUGAGAUGGCUCUAUGAGCAAGGAGUCACAUUUGUGGUAAAGAGCUUCAACAAGGAGAGGUUGAAGGAGAACCUCGGCAUCUUCGAUUGGGAACUGACGGAGGGCGACCAUGAGAAGAUCGAGCGGAUCCCGCAGAAGAAAAUGAUGCUCAAGGAAGAGUUUGUCUCAGCCAAAGGGCCAUUCAAAUCAGUGGAAGAGCUCUGGGAUGGAGAGCUCUGAAGCUUGGAAUGAAAUGGCAAUUUUCUGCGGGAAUG